AUGGGCUCAAAAGGAGAAGAGGCAAAAUUGAUUGGUUUCAAUUCACCAUUUUAUCUUCAUGCCUCGGACAAUCCCGGGAUGUUACUUACCUCCUGUCUGCUUGAUGGAACAAAUUAUGCAACAUGGUGUAGAGCUAUGAAAAACGCUCUAAGGCCCAAAAACAAGUUGGGUUUUGUGAAUGGUUCAAUCACAAAGCCGAAGGAUGGAACUCUAGAGGCGAACUCAUGGGAGACGUGCAAUUCCAUGAUCAUAUCAUGGAUAUUCAAUUCACUGGACAAAGGUUUACACAGUAGAAUUGCAUAUGCUGAAACUGCAAGAGAAGUUUGGGUAGAUCUAGAGGAACGUUUCUCCCAAGGGAUGGCUCCAAGAAUUUACCAAAUCAAAAGGGAUAUUAGUAUGCUCGUACAAGAUGGACAAACAGUGCUUGCCUACUACACCAAAUUGAAGGCGCUAGCUAUGGGACGAGCUAAACGACCUCGACUCGCUGCCUCAAUGCAAUUGUGA